AUGUUGCAGAAUCCUUCGAAAUAUCACGCAAAUCCUUUGUCACACUUUCUGGCAUUGCAUAACACACAACAGGCCAACCACAACAGCAACAACAACAGCAAUAGCAGUAGCAGCAGCAACAACAUCAACAACACCACACACGGCCAUGUUCAUGUGGGAGCUGGAGUUGGAGUUGGGGGCGUGGCAUUGGCAGCUGCAGCCGCAGCAGCUGCAGCAGUUACUGCAGCGGGUCAAAGUUCAUAUCAACAACAACAAGAAGCCAGUGGGACAUCGCAUGCGCAUCUCAUUGAGGCACAUACCACCCUCGAUGUCGGCAAGUCAUUCACAAUAGCCGCCAUUUUGGGUCUGCAGCAGAGUGCGAUUGAGAAUCAACGCAAGGAGUAUAAUAAUGCCAUUAAUUUGUCGCUCAGCGCGGGUGUGGGGGCGGGCGAUGUCAUUGACCAGGACAACAACAACAGCAAGUGCUACAGCAACAACAACAACAGCAGCAGUUACAGCAAUAAUAGCAGCAGCAGCAACAACAACAACAACAGCCAAAGUGUAAAUAACUUUAAUUGUGAACAUGUUGCCGCCGCUCAUCAUCAUUUACAUUCGCAGCAACAACAGCAGCACCAACAACAACAGCGCGCCAAUUUCGCGGCUGCCGCCGCUGUCGCUGCUGCCGCCGCCGUCGCCACUGCACCCUCCGCUCUCCAAAGUCUCCAGCAACUGCAUCAACACCAUGCCCAGCAAGCAACGCUCAGCUUCCAGCGCGAGAAACUUAAAUCGGAAUCCCACAAGAAAAGCGCGCUGAAGAAUAAACGAGUUCGGACAAUUUUCACACCCGAGCAGCUUGAACGCCUGGAGGCGGAAUUCGAGCGUCAACAGUAUAUGGUGGGACCGGAGAGACUAUAUCUGGCACACACUCUCCAACUCACAGAGGCGCAGGUGAAAGUGUGGUUUCAAAAUCGACGCAUCAAAUGGCGAAAGCAUCAUCUGGAAUUGACGCAACAACGUUUGGCCCUCAUACGACAAAGUCAAUUGCCCAGCACAGCGGCGGGAACCAAUUUGGAACUGCCCAUAGCCUCCGCAGCCGCCUCAAAUACAGGGAAUCUUACGCUAUCCUCCCCCAGCCUGGAGGAUAAUGAGGAUAGCAAGCAUUCGCUCCCAAUGCGAGCUGCUUCCGAAUCCGAUUUGUCAAUAUGCAAUGACUCGGUGGACGGGGACAGCUUGAUGGAUGGAAGCGAGGAGGCUUAA